AUGCCCAGCGUUAACUGGGAGAAGUUGUUUCAUGAGUUGGACAUUCCCAUCGUGUACGCGAGAGAGGUGUUGGACAAGUACCGGAUGAUGUCAGCAUCGCAGGAGCCUGGAGUGGACCUGUAUGUUCAAUGCAAACGGAAGGCCAUGGGCCAGGCUUUGAAGCAACUGGCAGGCCGGGCUGAUUCCGAUGUUGUCUUCGUCUCCGUGGGCGACUCCCAUGUCGAGGCCGAGGCUGCAACAGAUCUGGUUUGGUGCCGAGAUCAAGGCAUCCACCACCGGAUCAUCAAACUGCAGGACGAACCCACCAUUGAGGAUCUGACGAGACAGCUGCAAGAGCUCCAGGAACUCCUCCCUGUAGUGUGUGGAGUGGAGGGCGACACGCGUUUCGAGCCGCCUGCUGGCAAGCGCAUGGUGAUGCCAUAA